GGUGUAUUUACAUAAUUUGGACCAAUAUUUGGAUUUGUUGGACCUAAUAUUGAUCGUGUAUUCAUUAAUUCUUUCAUUUUAUCAACUUUUGAAAAAAUGGCACAACAUUUUUUACUUGGCGAUAUGGAUGUUGAACAAUUUCUAGAAGAUUUUGCAAAUUUACGAAAAAAUAUGCAUUUGUUAAAAGUAAAAGUUGAUAAAAUGAAAGAAUUAAUGAAUACACGAUCAAUAUUAGGUCCAACAAAUCCAAAUAUUGGUCCAAAUUAUGUAAAUACACCACCAAAUAGUAAUUUUUAUCCAUCGCCCAGUUCUGUACCGUAUCCUACUGGUGGUAUGAUUAAUAUGCCAAUGCCGGGUGUUUAUCGAAAUCAUUUUUUAUAGAAAAUACAUAAAAUUCAUUUUUUUUUAA